CCGCGUAACGCGAGUUUCAUUUCGUCAGAAAAAUUCAAACGUUGAAGAGUUCUCUGUGCUUGAAUCAUGAAGACUUUGGCAUUGCUAUUGUGUCUCUUUUACAGCCAUGUAAUCGUGGCUCAAGCUACAGUUGAAUCGUUCGCAGAGAAGAUAGAUUUUUCUGUGGAGAAUGUGACGAUAUGCACCGAGCGUUCGGGAGUAACAGUCGAGGAAUUGGAGGAUGUUGAAAAACAGGCACUUGAAAAUGGCGAAAAAAAUGUGUCAGAAGACAUGAAAAAGAUUGGAUGCUUUUGGGCAUGUCUUAUGCAACAACAAGGCGCGAUGACAGGAUCUACUAUCAACGGCGAUCAAAUGACCAAAUAUAUUCGUAAAUUUGGUGAAAAAUAUGGUGACGAGGAUAUAAACUCUGACUUGGACAAGUUGGUAGAAGAUUGUGCAAAUUCUGUGAAAGACAUAGAUGACGAAUGCCAAGCCAUUAUGAGCUUCCACAUGUGCACAGCUAACUCUAGGAGUCCUUGAAUGGAAAUGAACCGUAUAUGAAUUAUAAUACGCAAUAAUGGUGUGAUUUGUAGCAAAUAAACAGUAGAUAUUGUAU